UUAUAAACCAAUAGAUAUUGUUUAGAUUUCUUUGUGUAAAUUAUUACAAGUUCUCUCUAUCUUGUGAGAGAGAGAGUGAGAGAAUGGUUUCCAAGGUUCACAAGAGAACAGCUAUGUACAGAAACCUACAUCUUCUACGUUCAAUCAUACACUCCACUUCGAACAGUAAAACCUCCGUAAUAUUGGAUGCAACAAAAUAUAUACAAGAUUUAAAGCAAAAACUUGAAGAAAUUAACCCGUUGCGAGUUGCAGCGUCAACAAAAAUGGUCGACUAUGAUGCUACGCCUAAGAUUAAAGUUGAACCAAAAGAAGAGGGCUUUGUAAUAGAGGUGAUGAGUGAAAAGAGAUGUCAAGGAUUGCUAGUGUUCAUAUUGGAAGCCGUUGAAGACCUGGGUCUUGAAGUGCUCGACGCUAGGGUUUCUUGUGUUGAUAACUUCUGCUUAGAGGCUGUUGGGAACAAACAGGAGAAGAAUGAAGAUACUUGUCCUUUGAAUGCACAAUCAGUUGAACAAGUAGUGUCUCAAGCUAUUCAAAACUGGAGGGAAGUUACACAACAAUGACGAUGAAGGAUAGUAUUUGUAUCUAAUCAGAAAAUCUAUGCUUAUUAAUGCUUGAGUUUCCCUUGUUGUUAAGGACUUUUGCAUGGUGGAAAAGUUUGCCUUUGUCAUGAAUAUGUUGAACUUAAAAUACUUGUGUGUAUAGAUGAAAGAAUCGAAACAAAAUUUCAUAUUGAUGGGGAACAUCUUAAACGGGGUGUUUACCCAAUAGAAGUGAAAGAAAUAGAAAGAUGAUGCAAAAGACAUGAUAGAAACAGUUAUAUUUUAACACCCAUAUAAGUUUGAAA